CUGCUGUUGGCUGGUGCACGCACAGCACGAAGAGCACAGGCCACACAGGCCUCUCUUUGUCCCCGCCGUUGCCGUGUGCUGUCAACUGGCGCGCCCGUGAGCUAGCCAACAAGGCCCGGGGGCGCUCACGGGACGAAUACAACCAAACGCGCGCCCGCCACCCCCCAUCUUCACUCACCUCCCCGCUCCUGGGCGUCGUCUCUCCCCUCUAAAUCAGCGCCAGCCAGCGAGUCCCCGCAUCUGCAGUUUGAGAGGCCAGUUCGCCGCCCCGCCCAAGGACGACGGCGGCCGCGCCGUCACGAGGCUCACCCCAGCCGCCGGCCCGUCGAGGAGAGCGCGCGCGCGGCGGAGAUUUUCUCUAGAGAGGAUGGCGCGCGGCAGCUCCUGGCGGCUCGCGGCGGUUGGCGUCCUCGUCGCCUGCGCGGCCGUCGUCCUCGCGCCGCCCGCCGCGGCGCUCGACAUCGGCAUCCAGUCCGCCGGCGACGGCGUGAGCAAGCAGCAGGCGUGCAGCCGCACGUGCGAGUCAGACCACUGCACGACGGCGCCGUUCCUGCGGUACGGCAAGUACUGCGGCAUCCUCUACAGCGGCUGCCCCGGCGAGGCGCCGUGCGACGCGCUCGACGCCUGCUGCAUGCACCACGACAACUGCGUCCAGGCAAAGAAGGACUACCUGAGCACGGGGUGCAACGAGGCGCUGCUGGACUGCCUGGCGAGGCUGCGGGAGGGCACGUCCACGUUCGAGGGGAACAAGUGCAUGAUCGACGAGGUCAUCGACGUGAUCACGCUCGUCAUCGAGGCCGCCGUCGUCGCCGGCAGGGUGCUCCACAAGCCGUAGCCGGCCGCACGCGGUGGGCGUGGAACACAGCUUGCGCGGUAGGUGGGUGGUACAUCUUUUGCGUGCUUUGGUGUAGGGAGGGUGGUGGCGUCUGGCGUCCUGGCCGGCUGGCCGGGGGCCCCGGCUGCGUCGGCUCACAUGGCGGCUUGUGUGCUACCUAGCUACGGGCUCUCCCAGCUCGGCCAAAACUUACGACAAGGUAUAUGGGCAUAUGGCGAUAAAAAAAAAACUUGGGUUUGGGUGUUUUUGGGCUUAAUGUUAACUCAUAUCUCGUCUCACUAUCACUGUAUUACUGUAUAAGUAUAAAGAAAUUAAGCUUGCUCGUGCUGGUUUUGGUUUGUUGAUA